UUUUCUGCUUUGGAAUCUUUGGAUAUUGAAAAACAAAAAUCUGACAAUAUUUACAGACGAGGCAACAUGAUUUGAUCAAUCAAUUGAAGCUGCAACGUUAGAAAAGAAAACAACUGCAAGCGGUUCGGUGCGGGAAAACAGACUUGGGGAAAAGGAAAAGAAGUGGCUGUGGUGCGAAGGCUUACAGAGCGGAAAGAACCAGAGAGCACAGUGCGACGGUAAAAACUUCGGAGGUAACAAAGGAGAUUCUCAGAUUCCAUUUGGCUGAGAAAACCGUGGCUUACCGGAAGGUGAAAGUUUGAACUGGCCGAAAUUUUCUGGGUUGGCCGAAUAGUUUUCCGACUCUCCCUUUGGCGGUCGAUGGUAGAGAAGGAGCAAGUCACACAGAAAAACUAACCUUCGGCGUCUUUGGGUGUCUUCCGACGGCGGUGAGGCAAGUGUCUCGGCUUGAAGAGAGGCUGUAUGGUUGCUUUGCUGGGUUUUCUCGGUUUUUCUUUGUACGGCUCCGUUGGGUGUGCUAUUUCAUUUCUGGAAGAGGGACUGUGUUUUGAGCAGAUGGCAGUGCAAGGGAAGCGGAGGUUCCCGGUUUACUAAUCAACCAUCUGCUUUGUCUGUUCAAAAUUUCCAGAUUGAACAACUAUUGAGAAUUAAAGUUCACCAUUUUCGUAAUAAUUAGGAAGAACUGAAAGUGAUUUGAAAGAAAUGGAAGAUGAUCAUAAUGUGGAACAGAUAUCUAAAACUAGUCGUCAACAAUCAAAUGCGAGUACUUCAGAUGCAGUUCACAAGGAAAAUGUUGACGUUGGCGAAGAAUUGGAAGAUAACAAUCCAAAUGAAGAUCAGAGGCGUAUGCCAAGAGUCCAAACACAUGAGCAACAUAGAAGAUUAGGAAUAACUGUUCCUAGUCAACAUGCUAGCCGAAUCAAUGAGAGUACUUCGGAUGUAGUUUGCCCGAUAGUUUUUGGAAAUAUUGAUUAUGAAGAAGAAGAUGCUAAUUUUGAUAUAAUUGGUCAUAAAGAAGCAGCUACAAAGCUUGGUAUCGUUUCCAAAGAAGCAGCAACUUUUGGCAUUGGUGGAGAAGAAGAUGACAAUCCAAAUGAAGAUCUCUAUGAAAAUCAGAGGGGUACGCCAAGAGUCCAAACACGUGAGCAACGUAGAAGAUUAGGAAAAACUGUUCCUAGUCAACAUGCUAGUCGAAUCUAUGAGAGUACUUCGAAUGCAGUUUGCCCACCAGCUUGUGGAAAUAUCGAUCAUGAAGAAGAAGAUGCUAAUUUUGGCAUAACUAGUCAUGAAGAAGCAGUUACUAAGUUUGGCAUUGUUUCCAAAGAAGUAGUAGCUUUUGGCAUUGGUGGAGAAGAAGAUGACUAUCAAAAUGAAGAGAGACAUCAAAGAGUCAUGACACAUGAGCAACGUAGAAAAUCAGCUCACAAGGCAACUUUUGACAUUGGUGAAGAAUUGGAAGAUGACAAUCCAGAUGAAGAUCGGAGGUGUACGCCAAGAGUCCAAACACAUGAGCAACGUAGAAGAUUAGGAAAAACUAUUCCUAGUCAACAUGCUAGCCGAAUCAACGAGAGUACUUCUGAUGCAGUUCGCCCGGCAGUUUCUAGAAAUAUUGAUCAGGAAGAAGAAGAUGUUAAUCUUGGCAUAAUUGGUCAUGAAGAAGCAGCUACUAAGUUUGGCAUUGUUCCCAAAGAAACAGCAGAUUUUGGCAUUGGUGAAGAAGAAGAAGAAUAUCAAAAUGAAGAGAGACGUCAAAGAGUCCUAACACAUGAGCAACGUAGAAAAUCAAUUCGCAAGGCAGCUUUUGACAUUGGUGAAGAAUUGGAAGAUGAUAAUCUAGAUGAAGAUCAAAGGCGUACGCCAAAAGUCCAAACACAUGAGCAAAGUAGAAGAUUAGGAAAAACUGUUCCAAGUCAACAUGCUAGCCAAAUCAAGGAGAGUACUUCGGAUGUAGUUCGCUUGACAACUUUUGAAAAUAUUGAUCAUGAAGAAGAAGAUGCUAAUUUCGACAUAAUUGGUCAUGAAGAAGCAGCUACUAAGUUUGGCGUUGUUCCCAAAGAAGCAGCAGCUUUUGACAUUAGUGAAGAAUUGGAAGAUGACAAUCCAGAUGAAGAUCGGAGGCGUAUGCCAAGAGUCCAAACACAUGAGCAACGUAGAAGAUUAGGAAAAACUAUUCCUAGUCAACAUGCUAGCCGAAUCAACGAGAGUACUUCUGGUGCAGUUCGCCUGGUAGUUUCUAGAAAUAUUGAUCAGGAAGAAGAAGAUGUUAAUCUUGGCAUAAUUGGUCAUGAAGAAGCAGCUACUAAGUUUGGCAUUGUUCCCGAAGAAGCAGCAGAUUUUGGCAUUGGUGAAGAAGAAGAAGAAUAUCAAAAUGAAGAGAGACGUCAAAGAGUCCUAACACAUGAGCAAAGUAAAAAAUCAAUUCGCAAGGCAGCUUUUGACGUUGGCGAAGAAUUGGAAGAUGAUAAUCCAGAUGAAGAUCAGAGGCAUAUGCCAAGAGUCCAAACACAUGAGCAACAUAGAAGAUUAGGAAAAACUGUUCCUAGUCAACAUGCUAGCCAAAUCAAGGAGAGUACUUCGGAUGCAGUUCGCUCAACAGCUUUUGAAAAUAUUGAUCAUGAAGAAGAAGAUGUUAAUUUUGACAUAAUUGGUCAUGAAGAAGCAGCUACUAAGUUUGGUGUUGUUCCCAAAGAAGCAGCAGCUUUUGGCAUUGGUGGAGAAGAAGAUGACAAUCCAAAUGAAGAUCUCUAUGAAGAUCAGAGGCGUAUGCCAAGAGUCCAAACACGUGAGCAACGUAAAAGAUUAGGAAAUACUAUUCCUAGUCAACAUGCUAGCCGAAUCAACAAGAGUACUUCGGAUGCAGUUUGCCCACCAGUUUCUGGAAAUAUCGAUCAUGAAGAAGAAGAUGCUAAUUUUGGCAUAACUGGUCAUGAAGAAGCAGCUACUAAGUUUGGCAUUGUUCCCAAUGAAGCAUCACCUUUUGGCAUUGGUGGAGAAGAAGAUGACUAUCAAAAUGAAGAGAGACAUCAAAGAGUCCUGACACAUGAGCAACGUAGAAAAUCAAUUCGCAAGGCAGCUUUUGACAUUGGCGAAGAAUUGGAAGAUGAUAAUCUAGAUGAAGAUGUGACGCGUACGCCAAGAGUCCAAACACAUGAGCAACGUAGAAGUUUUGGAAAAACUGUUCCUAGUCAACAUGCUAGCCGAAUCAACGAGAGUACUUCGGAUGCAGAUUUCCUGGCAGCUUCUGGAAAUAUUGAUCAGGAAGAAGAAGAUGCUAAUUUUGGCAUAAGUGGUCAUGAAGAAGCAGCUACUAAGUUUGGCAUUGUUCCCAAAGAAGCAGCAGUUUUUGGCAUUGGUGAAGAAGAAAAUGACUAUCAAAAUGACGAGAGAAGUCAAAGACUCUUGACACAUGACCAACGUAGAAAAUCAGGAACAAUUGUAGCUCCCGAAUGUGUGAUUCAAAUCAACGAUAAUGAGAGACAAAAACCUGUUAUCAUUAGCGGAUCAGGAUGGUCGACAUUGAAAGUUCCUACGCCUAUGUUCGAAGUCGACAAAGGUGCUUAUGUCCCCAAGAUUGUCUCCAUUGGUCCAUUUCAUUAUAAUGAACCAAGUCUACGAGCCAUGCAAACUCAAAAACGGCGGUUUCUCAAUCGUCUUAUUCAAAACCAAACAGGGCAACCUGUCCUUGAAGAAAAUCUUAAAAAUGCCAUGAGAGAAUUGGAGGGAAAGACUAGAGAUUUCUAUGCAGAAGACUUUCAAGCUAUAAAGCCUGAUGAUUUUGUGCAGAUGAUGCUCCUUGACGGUUGCUUCAUUGUAGAAAUGAUGCGUUUAUAUGAGAAAAAAUAUGUAGGGGAGCCCAUUUUUGAAACACGAUGGACGCUGCUAAAUAUCUCUCGUGAUUUACUUUUGCUUGAGAACCAACUCCCUAUGUUCGUGCUGCAAAAGAUUUUUGAACUUACUGGGGAGGCAAGUCCUGAUCUAAACAUGCUUGCUCUUGAAUUUUUUGAACCCUUGAGACUUGGGAAGGAUGAGUUUGCAACACUUAAGCUGAACAAGUAUGCUGACGAGUAUAUACAUCUAUUGGCUUUGUUUCACUCUACCUUAACUUCAGACGAUAACAUAUACCCGAAGCAGCUUGCAAAGAGUGAAAAGAACAAAACACAUCUUAUUCUUCCUGGGAAAGGUUGGGUGCAUAAUGCCAAAACACUUCGUUAUGCUGGUAUUGAGUUAAAAAACAAUUCUGGUAGUAUUCUCCACAUACAACUUAAAGGCAAGACGCUAAAUAUUCCGACCAUGAUCAUUGAUGAUAGCAUCAGCCCUUUGUUGAGGAACUUGAUAGCCUAUGAACAAAACAAUCGCUCUGUAGCUCCAUAUUUUUGCUGUCUUGCAGUGUUCUUGGAUAGCUUAGUGGAUACAGUUGAGGAUGUUAAGAUUCUUCGUGAUGCCGGGAUUAUCAAACAGGCAAAGGGUGGAGACAAGGAGGUGACGAAUCUUUUUAGCAGUCUCACUAAAGAGUUGGUGUUUGAUAUUGAUAAGGAGGACUGCUACCUGAUCAAGCAAAUCGAAAACAUCAACCGUCUUUGUCGAGCACACGACACCAGAGUUCAAAUCUGUCGUCUUCUCGCCAAGCUGAACUACAAGGGAUUACUCAAAACGUACGCUUCCAUCUUGGUUACAGUCAUAUUUUCCCUUAUUGUUGCUAAGUUUGCAAGUUACAAACCCUCAGUUAAUCAGUACUAUCUACCUCUAUCUCCACCUAAGCAACCAGGUUGAGGUUUAUAAGCAUUACAACAAAAAUAAAACACCGUUUGAAAUGGUUGAUGCAGGUUUAUCUGGUGGAGCCGACAUUGAUAAUUGAGCCUUGUGAUUGCACAUCAUUUAGCUUAGUAUUGGUUUUUCAAUAAAACUGAGAAUAUUUGGAUUAGGAAUCUAAUGUAGUAGUGUGUUUUUUUUUUUUUAAAUCAUUUCGUGUAUGCUAUGUUGCUGUUUCUGUUUCAUUGCAUAUGUCAAUACUAUGUGUAUUAUAUUUGAAUUUUGAAUCGAAUAAAUCUAUCUUGGAAUCAGAAGUUGCUGGGGUUUGCUCCCAAUCCA